AUGCUUGCAUUUAAAUGCCAGCUGACACCUCUGAACGAUGAUGUCUGUAUAAAAGCAGUUCCCUGCUGCGACUGUGAAAAGACUAUAUAUCUGCGAAUCAGCAUAAAAAUGACGUGACUCUAAUAAUGGCGAACUUCUAAUGAUAAUUUUUAAUCCUUUGAACAAGUGGAAAAUAUGAAUUAAAAUGAAACAUAUUAGAAUUAAGAAACCUAACUGUAGCAUAAUUUUCUACUUACAUAAAAAAGAUAUAACAAAAUAUUUUUUAUAUAAUUAUUCUCUUUCGUAUCAAGAACAUUUUCCAAAGCAAAAGAAAUAAUAAUCGGUUUCGUGUAGUAUAAUUUGAUGGUUUGAAAAAAUUAUAAAUGGUUAAAAAUUUUUACAAAAGUUAUUUAAAAUGGCCUCGCAUCAAUUCCACACAUAUAACAAAAAUUUAGAUGGCGUUGAAUUCUUUAGCAAUUUAUCAACAAUACCGAAAUUAAUUUUAUCAAUUUAUGAAACCAAUCAAAAAUUGUUCUUUCUUGAGCUGAGGAAACUUUCUCAAUGUAAAGAAAUUGUAAUUACCAUAGUUGCUUAUAUUUCACGCAACAUGAAGUUUUAAUUUUACCAAAAAUUAUUUUUCCACGAACUGAAGAAAUUUCUCGCUAGCAAGAGAAAGAAAACAAAAUUGUAAUGACCUAAAUAAAAUCUAACAACUGGAAGAUUUCCAUCAACGAAAUAUAAAAUUUGUAAAAUUUUGAUACAAGACCAAAGGAAUUAUUCUUUCUCAAGUUAGAAACCGAUUUUUUUCUCCCGAAAGCAGGAGAUCCACAAAUUUCGAAGGUUGCAAAGCCAUAG